AUGCUAGACGGCUUUUGGGAAGAUUCCACAAUGGACAGCAUCGACGAGGAAUACGAUGGGCUCGUUGAACAUCUUCAUGACUGCAUGAGGAAGGCUCAGAGUUUUGAAACCACCAAGAGACAUCUGUCUCUUAAAAUUGUUAAGCUGAUACGCCAGCGUGGAGCAGCAGGAGCCGCAGGAAAACAAGAACUCACGUCCGAGCUUGCAAGGAUUUGCAGAGACAGGACAAAGAUGACUGCUCUGCGGAACCCGAAGGGAACAACCACUGAAUCGAGAAGGGGAAUGGAGAAAAUCAUCUACGACUUCUACUCUGUUCUGUUCCACAGCCAUGCCCACUUUCCUCUUCUCCAUCUGAGGGAAGACAGACAUGUCAUUCCAGAGGUUCUCCCAUCCGAAGUACGACAUGCUAUCAUGUCGGUAAGAAAUCAUACGGCACCCGGUCCCGACAGGAUAAGACCAGAACUCCUGAAGUACCCUCCGCCAGUACUCAUCAAUACCCUGGCAAGGCUUUUUACACGUUACCUGUCGGAAUGCAAUGUUUGGGCAUCUAGACAAUGA